AUGAUGGACUACGAUGUGCCGCUGUCUUCCGUGCACUUCCCGGAAGAGAAUGACCGCAAAGUCGUGGCCGAAGAUUGGAAGCAGAUCGCCGCAAGAUCGAAGGCCCUGGGGAAACGUGCGCCGACGGACACCCACGGCAGCCAAGUGCCCACUCCUGCCAAGCAGGUGGCGCCCAGCAAAAGCAAGUCCUUCAGCCUGUGGAGAAGUGCCAAGGACUCCAAGACCAGCGCCGCCAGCGCCCAGAUCUCCGCUGAAAAGGUCGAUGGGGGCGAGAAGCAGUCCGGCGAAGCCCUCGGUGGCAUGGGCUUUUCUGAGCUUGUGACCAUGAACGCGGGCAUCAUCAACGCGAACUUGCCUCUCAUCAAAAUCCUUCUGCAGCUCUUCGAAACGCUUCUGGCUCCUGCAGUCAAUGGCGACGAAGGAAGCUUGGACUGCGCAUGCGACGUGGCUGCGCUCCGCAUCUUCCGAGAGAUAUCGGGCCCGAUCCUUCUGAAGGACUUCCAGACGUGCCUGCUCGCCUCAGCUCGGGCCCUUCUUCCCGAUGGCUGGGACUCCAAGCACGAGAGUGCUUGGAUAGCAGUCUGGACUUGCAUUGCCGAUCGCUUGGAGCAAUCGCUCCCACUGCCUGGCAAGUAUGCCAAGCCAGUGCAAAGCUUUGUCUCAGGGCUCAGCACUGAGCAGCGACAGAAGCUGGGCAAACGGAGCUUUGAGCGACUCUUCCGCGAGCACGAGCAGGUGUCCCAUCAUUUCAACCAAUCCUGGAUGCGACUAGCUUUCAUUGUCAGCAAGACGCUCGACAUGACCGUGCGCCUUUUCCACGAGCCCGCUCAGAUGUACGAUGAGCUCACGCAGCUGGGUCUGAAGCACAUCAUGUACCAGGCCGACUCACAGUUCUUCCAACCCUGGGUCGCCGCGGUGGUGGCCGAGAUCCAGCUCAUCUGCCACGACGAAAAAGUCCACGAUGGCAUGAACUUCGCCCUGUGCGUCGUUGGCGGCGUCAUCGGGCAAGCUCUGGAAGCUGGUGCUACACCCAUCCUCAAGGCCAUCGUCACAGACGAUGUCAAGGCCUUGAAGAAAGCUUUGGCCCAGACUCCGAGAAGCCAGCGUGCUGAAGCUGUGCUUCGGGGCUAG